CAUCGUUGUGCUAUUGAACAAUUACAUUAAUAAAAAAAAAGUCUAAUAAAUCAAGUGUUAAGAAAAUGGUACACAAAACGAUCUUAAAUUUGAACCAUUUUUGUUAUUAUGAGUUAUUUAACCAAAUGAAAAUCAGCUGUGAAACAUCAAGUACAGCCCGUACACUCGCAGAAAUAAAAUACAAAGAUUUAAUUAAUUUCUUAGCUUGCCGCAGACAGUUUCGAGAUCUGUUCUAUGAGUGGGAUAAGGAUUUUUAUAAAAGUUUAUUUUUACUUUAUCUGAGCUCUACAAGUUACAUAAAUAUCGACUUUGCCGAAAUGUACACACGUCUACAAAAUAUCCCCGCAAAGGAAAAGGAUGGCUAUUGGAAAUCCGUUAGUUUUGCUAUUGAAGAGAAUGAAAACCUGACCAGUGUCGAGUUGCGAUAUACACCACAGAAUUAUAAUUGUGAACACAUUGAGGUGUUUCAACUCGUAAUGAAUCAGCUGAAGAGGAAAAAACGUUUAAACGUAUUGAAAAUGCAUAUUUCUGGUUACACCGUUGAAGACCUUACGGGAUUUGGGAAUCUCAAAAAGCUAUUCCUGGAUGCUCGAGUAAAUUUGGAUGAGUUGAGCAGAUGCUGCAGCAAUAACCCCAACUUGUGGGAUCUUACAGUCCUUAAUGGCGAAUCGGCGGGACGUCGUUUGGCCGAGAUCACACCGCAUUGCAGCCAAGUUAGCAGGUUUAAAUUCAAUAUGAAUACGGAUGGUGAUGCCACAAAAUACGCUCCAUUGGCCAAAAUGACCAGCCUCGAAGAGUUGAAUAUUAGUGGAGUUCAUAUGCAGGGAACGUUGCAGACACUUUUUAGAGCAUUCUCCAGGAAGACUACCAAGCUUCUCAGAAAAUUAUCCAUAGAGGAUGCUCUCAUAGACUUAGAGGAGACCAAGGCCUUGUCUCAGAUUAGAUCGUUAAACGAACUAAGGUGUGGAUUUCUGGAUUCUCAAGAUAUUGAACAUACGUCUUACCUGAACUUAAAACCCUUUUCCCAACUGAUUUACCUGAACGUUCUAGAGGUACUUUCAAAACACGAUAUCAGAAGUAUCUCAGAGCAAAUUUUCAGCAUAUUAAAGCUGUCUCAAGGAAAGAUGAAAAUACUUUUGACAGACUGUUUAAUAAAUUGGGAUCCCAAGGGUAAUCUGCAACUUUUUCUCAAUAACGUGAAUGCCUCUGAUUAUGGAGCCCUGCUCAUGUUGCCAAAAUUAAAAAACCUUGAAAUAAACGGCUCUCAUAAUCCAGGUUCUCUUGUAGAACUUUUCAAAAAGUUCGCGUUGUGUCAGUCGUCGAUUUUAAUAAUAAAAGCGAUUAACCCAUUUGGUUGGGCUUAUGAAACCCUACGUGAUAGAGGCUGGCAGUUCAGACCUCCAAUGGUUCCAGUGAUUAACGCCCAAGAAACUAGAGCCCUGUCGACUUGUAGGAAAUUGAAAAAGUUAGUCUGUGGAUUCUCCGAUACCGAGAACAUAGAUCUUCUACAUAAUCUUUUAGAACUCGAAGAUCUAACCAUUACCAGUAAGCCAUCGAAAGGAUCACUACAGAAUCUUUUUUCCGCCCUGGCUUCAAGGGUACCCUUUUCAACCCUUCAAUAUUUUCGGCUUUUCGAAGGAGCGAUCAAUACUCAGGAGGCUAGGGAGCUGACCCAAAUAAGAUCUUUGGUGCAGUUGCAGUGCGGCUUUGAAAACGCUCAGGACAUCGGGAAAUUCGCAGACCUAGCUAAAGAAAAUCUAAAGGUGCUUAGCAUUACCUCGCUACAAAACUUCCACGAAACUUCGCAUGGUAUACUCAAAGUUUUACAGGCCUCCGAAAGCAAAAUGUUCUUCUCCACCAGGGACAUUAUAAUAAAGUCUGACCGCUGUCUAAAUUUCCUAGGCCUUCAAAUGAGUAUUACCGAAAGAUACACAGAUGAUAGCCGGCUAGUUGCCCUGGCCAAUGUUGAGUGGGUAGAAAACCUUGGAAUAAGCAUUAAACGAGGCAAUUUAGGAAAACUAUUUAACGCCAUAGCAAUGAGAGAUAAUAACCGACUGAAGAAAAUUGUAAUAAGCGACGGGUCUCUCGAUUUUAAUGAGACACUUGAAUUAGCCAAUAUGAAAUCUCUAAAAGAGUUUAAUGGCACAUUGACAGACGCACUGAGCAUCGAACACUUAAAGCAUUUAACUUACCUCGGACUUGGUAAUUCCUUUGGCAACAGUUUUCCAGAGAGUAUUGUUGACAUUUUUAAUUCUGUUAAGGAAGAAUUAACCAUAAGUCUGGGGGGAGAAGAAAUAAGUUUUAACCAGACUACUGGCCGGUUAACACUGUGUAACGCAUUUGCGAAACAUUCUCCCAAAAUGGCCAGAGACAUCACUCCACUAGCAAGCGUUAAGAACUUAAAGUCAGUUCGAAUUUCGGGAGCUAGAAAAGUUAGAUCACUCCAAUCUUUUUUGGCCCAACUAGCCACAAGGCAAAGUCCGUCUCUUCGCGAGGUGAUAAUGGAAACAAGAAAUGAUGAAAUUGAGUCUGGCGUUUUGAAGUUAAGCACUUUGGAGUUCAGGGAAGUGGCAUCCAUCAAGUCUCUAAGGACUCUUAAAUGCGGCUUCUCGGACGCAAUGGACCUUGAAUUACUGGCUGGCUUACCGGAACUAAACUAUUUAGUUGUUGGCUUCGAUCAAGAGGAUGUUUUGAAAGGCCUCCUCAGGAAACUCUCACUGAAUGACAUUUCAGUUCCAGACGAGUUGCCUGCUCAAGGCAUAGUGGGAUUUAAAAUACGAUUGCACCAAAUUUUUCUUAAGGAAAUGAUAAUUUUGAAGGAUAAGGGGAAUCCUUUCCUUGUGGAGCUGUUCAAGAUGUUGGCCUUGGUAAGCGGAUCAAACCUACAGAGUUUGAUACUCAAAGGUGCACCCAUCAGCCAGGAGGAAGCCGAAGAAAUUUCAAAAAUAAAGUCAUUGCAGAGACUUAUUUAUAGAUUUGGAAAAUUAAAAGACAUUAGAGGUCUCUUGCGGUUAAAUGAAUUGACAACUCUCAUUAUUGGAUGCAGAAAUGCUCAUAUGGCAUAUCCUGAAGAGUACGAUGAGGUCGAAACUUUGAUGACUCGAAUUCCAGAACACGUUUCGCGAGAUCUUCUGUCAUCACAUUUUAGGGGUCUCGUGGGCGUGGCUCAGCACUUGGACCGCCAAAGAUUGCUGAUUGAGUUGCCAAAGGAGGUGUGUUCCCUAAAAUUGAUAUUUGAACCAUUGCCUGCAGGUUUGACACACCAGCUCCAGGAACUGAUCAUAACCUACAGGUAUCUAGUCUUCGAAGAGGCCCAAAGGAUUGCUCAAAUCGCAUCAUUGAGAAGGCUUAGGUGUGGACUCCGAGAUGCCAUUAGCUUUACCGUUUUGUCAAACCUCACUCAACUUGAAUGCUUGGAAAUCAAGUCGGAUCCAAUGUUCAUGGAGAUAUCUGAUUACCUGGUGCUAUGUUUCAAGGAAUGUCCGAAGCUCCAGUCCAUCGACUUGCACUUUAAUCCUCGAGUGCAGUUUAUCAGUGCUGAUUUUACGCAGCGCGCAAUCGAAGCACUGAAAUCAGUUCGAGAUCCAAAGCAUCGAAGUCCACUGAGGCUCAGCUGUUUCGUUAGUCAGGUUUUUAUUGAACCGAAAUCUUUCAGCGAUGAGCAGUAUUUAAAUCUAUCCAUUAAGGAAUACCAGGAAGAUAAGGUUCUAUGGAUAUAUUAUAAAGACCAUCAAUCUGUUUAAAAAUGUAUCAAAAUGUUAUAGCUUUUAGGGCUAAGAAAGAUACAUUAUUUGGAUAGAUGUAUUAUAAUACUAUGGUAUUUUCCAAUCGAAGUAAAGAAUAGAUUAGAGAAGUGCAUGUUUGUUCACUUUGGACCCACACAAUA